CUGUUCGAAGUGACAAGUUCCCAAAAUGAGGUUAUAAAAACAAAAAUAAUAAAAAUACUACAGAAAUAUUUCAGAUUUUAUAAGUUUUUUUGAGUUUAUUUUAUAGUUUUAGUAUUAACUGUUCUAAACUACGUAAUAUUAAACCAAAACAGUUCUUUUUUUCUUUUGAAAAGAAUAAUUUAUAUUAGUGUAGGCGUAAUUUUAUAAUGAGAUCUUUAAAAGUACAACAAAACAGCUACAAAAACUCCGAAAGCUGGACAGACGAUCUACCGGUCUGCAAAAACACAGGAAUAGGCUUUUCCACUAACCAAAUUUACAGAGAAGAUGGACAUCCUCAAGAAGACCAUGCUUACGAGGACUACAGUUGCCAUUUCAAAUUCAAUGACGAUUUCUACUGGUACGCUGUUUUCGACGGCCACGAAGGCAAAAGAGCCGCUGACUUCUGUUCGCAAAGAAUGACAGCAGAGAUAUACUUCUCCCAGCUAACUGAAAAAGAAUCUGAUGAAGACGUAAAGGACAUUUUAAGACAAGCGUUUUUAACUGUAGAAAAAGGGUAUUUAGAGACAUUAGGAGACACUUUAGCGGAAAGAACUAGCUUACAGUACGACUUACCUGAGGGUUUAAAUUCCUACGAGGUGUAUCAGAAAGUUCCUGAGGUGGUGGACAAAAUAAAUAUGCUUAACUGUGAGCUAGUCGGAACAGCAGCUGCAGUGGCUCUGGUAUACAAAAACAAACUCUACGUGGCCAAUGUGGACUGUAGGGUCCUACUAUGCCAAACCGAUGCAAAUUCUGUGUUGAAAGUUGUUCAAAUUAGUGUAGAUCAUGACUUACAGAACGAAGACGAACUUUUGAGGUUAUCUCAGAUCGGGAUCAGCACAAAGUCUUUGAGAAACAGUUCAAGAUUAGGUAAUCAGGAAAAUACAAGGUGUCUAGGAAAUUAUUUGGUUAAAGGUGGUUAUAAGGAUUUCGAGGAUUUGUACAAAGCAACUCAAGAGCCUGUGAUUGCUGAGCCUGAUAUACAUGGAGGUAUUGUGAUAGAUGAGUCGUGUAGGUUUUUGCUUUUGAUGACGGCAGGCUUGUAUAAAUCUUAUGAGGAGUUUCUGGGUACUGAGCAAGUUAAUAGAAAUAUCGCACAGUUUGUUGUUGAUCAGUUCAGGGAACAGGCUACAUUAACUGGAGUUGCUCAGGCUGUGGUAGACAAAAUAGUGCGUCUCCAUCACGACUGGUACAUGUCCAACUCACUAAACCACAGUUGCACUCCAAAAAGAGAAGAUAUAACCCUAGUCUUACGUAAUUUCAACUUCCCAAUGCCGAACGCAAUAAAAUCACCCACAAAUCCUACGGUUACCUUCAGCCCUCUGGUCAUACAAAACGAUUUCCCUGUGAGUAGUGCGACGACUUGUAACACGGAAACUACAAACAGCACCAUUCGUACAAACACUACAAGUUCUUCAGAUGCCAAGACUGAAUCCGAUGAUGGAAUUGGACCUGAUGACAAAAUAGCUGCCUACGUAGAUUUUUCGGACUUUUAUAGGAACUACGAUGAGGCUAAAAGAAGGGGCACUUUACCUAAAGACUUUGAUUUGUAACGUUCUUGUAAAUUUGUUAUUUUUAUCUGUUAAUUUCAUUAAUAAAAAAUU